AUGCUCUCUAUCCUUUCUAUCUUGGUUCCCGUGGCAGCGUUCAGUUUCACAGUCUACUGGACUGUGACGGCGUACAUCCAACAUGGGAAGCUUCGACAAUUCAAAGGCCCUCCCAUUGCCGCCUGGACGAGUCUAUGGAUGGCAAAGCAGGCUGUCUCCGCCAAUAUGCCCACGGCGCAGAUGGAUGCUCUCCGGAAAUAUGGCUCCCCAGCUCGUAUUGGACCCAAUAUGCUAGUCACAGACGAUCCCGAGCUUCUGCGACACAUGAGCGCGCCUCGCUCUAAAUGGACUCGUGGUGGUUGGUAUGAUGGCGUGAAACUUGAUCCCAGAAUGAACAACAUCUUGUCUGAACGUGAUGAGAAAAAGCAUGCCGAAAUGCGAUCAAUGAUGAUUGGUGCAUAUUCUGGAAAGGAGGUGGAGACUCUGGAGGCCGAUAUUGACACAGUUCUGCUCCGCCUUCUUGAUCUCAUCAAGCGCAACUACAAUGGCAAGGUCAUGGACAUUGCCCAGGUGGCUUCGUAUUUCACAUUGGACGUUCUAAGUCUUAUCGCCUUCGGCGAAUCCUUUGGUUUUCUUGAAGCGGAUGCCGACCUGUACGACUUCCACGCCAUCGCCAAUCAAUUUUUUGGCGUCCUUGAACUGGUUGUCAAUCACGAAGGCUUGCGGUCAUUUAUCCAAAGCCGCUUUAUCCAGAAACUGAUCGCCCCCAAAGGAACUGACAAGGUUGGGCAAGGCGCCAUCAUUGGUAUCGCCAAAAAGGCCGUCGCGGAGAGGUACGGCCCGGAUGCGAAGAAAAGAAAAGACAUGCUUGGACACUUUAUCUCUAAGGGCAUGGCCCAAGACCAGGCAGAGGUCGAAGCACAUCUUCAGAUCCUCGCCGGGGCCGACUCGACUUCAGGAGUCUUGCGUAUAACCAUGAUGCUGCUUGUUGGAAACCCUACCGCAUACCACAGACUGCGGAACGAAAUCGAAGCGGCUGUCACUGAGGGCAAGAUCUCCUAUCCGGUCAUCAAGUACAGUGAGGCAGUCCAACUCGAGUUUCUUCAAGCCAUCAUCUGGGAAGCGUUGCGGAUGUAUCCUCCACUCUUUGGUCUGCAGAGUAAACGUUCGCCUCCAGAAGGUGACACGGUCAACGGAGUCUUCUUCCCCCCAGGAGUCGAGAUCGCCAUCUGCGACGAAGGUCUUGGAAGGAGGAAGGACGUCUUUGGCCCAGACGCAGACAUCUUCCGCCCCGAGCGGUGGCUCAACCCUGACCCUGCCAUCCGAGCCAAGUAUCUCAAACACGUCGAAGUUGUCUUUGGAAGUGGAAGAUUUGUCUGCUUAGGCCGCGGCAUUGCGUUCAUGGAGGUCAGCAAAGCCAUCGUCGAGCUCGUGAGAACAUUCGACUGGUCGGUCGCGGACGCGAUUCGUGGGCCCACUUCCAUUGCUCAUGGUAUCUGGGUUCAUGAACAUAUGAAUCUGGUGGCUUGGCCUCGGCAAUAAAGCCAUAAUCACCCAUUGAUGAACACGACUACAUGUAUAUACCCGGGUCGACACUUGCGUUGGUCGGCCUUUUUGUAUACUGAUUUUGAACCCAAUGGCCAACAUUCUCCUUACGAAGUUAAUUCCUGGACUGGACACUGAUAAUAAGUAGUAUUUAAAUUGCACAAGACCUCUGGU